UAUUUUCUUUCUGCCAUGAGGAGGAAGAAGGCGAGCAGCGCGUGCAGCACCGAGCGAAGGGGGGAGUGAUGAGUCAAUGCAACUCAGGGUUUAAUGGGGAGGGAGAGAGAGAGAGAGAGAGAGAGAAAAGGGGGAGCUCGCGGAAAAAAAGGGGAAGCUGUCAUGCGUCUGUAGCGCGCCUUCAUUCGACGCCGGAAAGUGAAUCGCAAGUGUAACCGAGCACACGCGCGCGCACACACACAUACGCACGCACGCACGCACGCGCCGCGGUGUCGGAUGCAAAAAAAAAAAAAAAAAAAAAAAAAAAAAAGCCAGAAGCCUCUCCGGUUUUGUCCGCUUCGUCGCUUUCCAGCCGGACCGGAGAGGAGAAGAGAGCAGGGGAGAGGAGAGGAGGAGAGGAAGAGAGGAGAGGAAGAGAGGAGAGGAGAGGCAAAGCGCCGCCCGCUGUUCCGCGUCGUUUCUCCGCGCUGCUCUCCCGGUUUACGAGCAUGUUUGCGAAUCUGUGAAGCGCCAUGCCCUUCGCGUUUAGUUCGUUUCCGAAUUCGUUCUUUCGGCCGGUGGUUUGCGAUCAGCUCGAGCUGCACCGACACGAGCAGCCCGUCAAACUCGCGUGAAGUCGGGCAGAGCACAGAGCUCGCGCCGCUCGCGAUUCCGCUGCCUGCGUUCACGUUCAAGAGCACGACAUAAUUCCUAACCUCAUAUUCCAUCACCUCAACUUCAGCCUCGCGAGUUUGAUUCUCGUUCUUUUGUUGUUGUUGUUGUUGUUUUAAAGAAGCGCGUGUGCUUUUUUCCCCGCGACAUGUCCAUGUUAACGCGCUCGUGCAAAGCGGAUUGAUCAUUAAUUCUCGCAUCGGCACGAGCGAAGGAAGGAAGGAAGGAAGGAAGAGUGUAAAGUUUUCCUCGGACUCACCAAACUCCAGUCUCUUUAUGAGCUUUCCAGUUUGGACGUGGUGACUUGCAGGUGACCGUGAGCAGUGGAGCUGAGUCAUGAUGGACCAUCUCAGCGAGGCGUGCCUGGGGAAGGAGAACUGUGAGCUAGUGGGCGGCUUGAACGACGCCAAGGGCCCCCCGGCCAAGAUAGCCAGGCUGGAACAGAACGGCAGCCCUCAAGGGCGCUCGCGCCUGGGCAGCACCGGCGCCAAACUCUCCGGAGUGGCCUUCAAACCCUCCCCACACCUGCUCAAGUCCUCACACAAGAGGGGUAACAUGCUUCCCGUGUUCUGCGUGGUCGAGCACUAUGAGAACCCGAUAGACUUCGACAGCAGGGAAGAGCACGCCGAAUUCGUGCUGGUCAGAAAGGACAUGCUCUUCAACCAGCUGAUCGAGAUGGCGCUCCUCUCACUGGGCUACUCUCACAGCUCUGCCGCACAGGCUAAAGGUAUGAUUCAGGUGGGCAAAUGGAACCCUGUUCCCCUGUCGUACGUGACCGACGCCCCUGACGCCACCGUUGCCGACAUGCUACAGGACGUCUACCACGUCAUCACGCUGAAAAUCCAGCUGCACAGCCACCCUGAAUCACUCUCUCUCUUUCUCUCUCUACCUCCAUCUGUCCCUCCAUGCAGUUGUCCUAAACUGGAAGACUUGCCUCCCGAGCAGUGGACCCACUCGACGGUGCGAAACGCCCUGAAGGAGUUACUCAAAGACAUGAACCAGAGCUCUCUGGCUAAAGAAUGUCCCUUAUCACAGGAGAGAGAAAAAAGCAAGGCUGGUGAGGGAACGACUGUUUAUAGCUGCUAUAACAGCAUGAUAUCCUCCAUCGUGAACAGCACUUACUAUGCAAAUGUGUCUGCGGCGAAGUGUCAGGAAUUUGGACGUUGGUAUAAACAUUUCAAGAAGACAAAAGAUAUGAUGGUCGUGCGCCAACCCUCCCAGCUGGAGGGCUACCUGGGGACGUGCGUCCUCCACGACAGCCCACGUGCCACCGCAGUAGCCGAAAUGGACGGCUUGUCAGAGCUCUCGCCGCCCGGCACCAACCACCUGAGCUUCAGUCAGCAGCCCAUCCCGGGCAGCACGGCCGAGCAGCCCCCGUCCCCGGUGCCUCUGGCCCACAGCGGUCAGGCCCCAGGCCGUGCCCAGCUUCCCGGUCUCCACCCCGGCCUGGUGUCCAGCCCCAUCAGUCCUCAGCUGGUCAACCAACAGAUUGUCAUGGCACAGAUCCUGAACCAGCAGUACGCUGUGAACCGGCUCCUGGCGCAGCAGUCCCUGAACCAGCAGUACCUGAACCACCCGCCGGUCAGCCGGGCUCUCAGCAAGCCCCUGGAUACGCAGGUGUCCUCCAACACAGAAGUCUCCUCCGAGAUCUACCAGUGGGUGAGGGACGAGCUGAAGCGAGCCGGGAUCUCGCAGGCCGUGUUCGCUCGUGUCGCAUUCAACAGGACUCAGGGAUUGCUAUCGGAGAUCCUGAGAAAAGAGGAAGACCCCAAAACGGCGUCUCAGUCCCUGCUGGUGAACCUGAGGGCCAUGCAGAACUUCCUGCAGCUACCUGAGGCCGAGAGAGACCGUAUUUAUCAGGAGGAGAGGGAGAGGAGUUUAACGGCGGCAUCCUCCAUGGGCCCUGCGCCGCUUAUUAGCACUCCUCCCACACGCCCUGUCCAGAGUGUAGGAGUGAACCAGAUGCUGCUUUCCAGUUCAGAUCCCAGAAUCAGCUGCUACUCCGACUCGCCCAGAAGAGAAGAAUGUAACAACAUCAGACCAGAAGACUGGAACCCCAGGAUUCCAGUUGGGAUCUCUCCUGCGUCUCGGCUCCCUGCCCAGGUGAAGCCCCUGCCGCUGGCGUCCGAGUGGAAUGGCAAGCAGGAGAGCUCCGUCCUCAACAUCAGCUCGUCCAUCUAUGACGAGAUCCAGCAGGAGAUGAAGAGGGCCAAAGUGUCACAGGCCAUGUUCGCCAAGGUCGCCGCUUCCAAGAGCCAGGGCUGGCUGUGUGAGCUGCUGCGCUGGAAGGAGGACCCGUCCCCGGAGAACCGCACGCUGUGGGAGAACCUGUCCAUGAUCCGGCGCUUUCUGAGUCUCUCGCAGUCGGAGAGAGACGCCAUCUACGAGCAGGAGAGCAACGGAGGGCAGCAACACCACACCGAGAGACCCACACACCUGCUGCACAUGCCCACCGAGCCGCUGCAGCCCCAGAACCACCCUCCACCUACAGCCCAGCUCCAGCCUGCCCUGGCGCUGCCCCACCCGUCGCAGCCGCUCGUUUCCCAGCAGCCUCAGCCUCAGCAGCAAACAGGACCCCGCCUCCCGCCUCGCCAGCCCUCCACCGCCGCACCCGCCGAGGCUGAGGACGAGUCGCGUCAGGCUAAAGGUCGCACCGGCGCUCGUAUCUCCUUGGAGGCGCUGGGAAUCCUGCAGAGCUUCGUGCAGGACGUAGGGCCGUACCCGGACGACGAGGCUGUGCACACACUCUCGGCCCAGCUCGACCUGCCCCGGCACACAAUCAUCAAGUUCUUCCAGAACCAGCGCUUCUGCGUGCGGCCCAAGGAGGCGGCAUCGGGAAUCGCUCUACCCGCUGCCAGCGAGCAGGACGAGGUGGGCAUGACGGACUUCAAAGAAGGCGAGCUGCUCAAAGAGCUGGACGAGAGCACUCAGACUACUAGCAUCUUCACCAUCAAGAUCGAGGAGCACGCGGGCGCUGAGGGACAGUGUCAAGCCGAGCAGGAAGUGAAAGAAUAAACCUCGAGCUCACACUCUGAUCUCCUCCAGCAGUAGAACUGUAAGACUUUCAACCCGGGACUGCGUAAUACAGAAGUAUUACCUUUUUGUAAAAGCCCUGUAUUAUUAUUCCACUGUAAAGAUUUGCGCAUCAUUAAAUAACCUGCACAAUGAAACAAAAUCAAAAAAAUGUUCAAAAAAAAAAUCUUAACUAUGUUGCCGUGGAUGUUUGCUGACUGCACUUGAUGUAUGUUGUUUUUACACUGAACUUCCAAACUACUGAUUUUAAAAGAAAAAAAUCGACUCAGUUGAAGUUUGAUAGACUUUGAUAGAUGUUUACGUAUGUGGUGUUAACUGGAUUUUUUUUUUAUUUUAAUGCAACUGAUAAUAAAAUAAAAACGGGGGCCUUAACGGUGACAAACUGCUGAACAGCACAGCGUUUUCUUUACGAAUCGAAGGAUCACGCAGGAUCUGGCGCCCCUAAGACCUGCAGGUAGACUGGAGGAGAAUAGUUCACUCUUUCAAUCUUUAAUUAUUAUUUGUUUGGAAGAAAUAUAAAUAUAUAUAUAUAGACAUAUAUUAAUUGUAAAAAAAUAUACAGUCUUAAAGAAACUAUGCCAACAAAUGCCUUGUACUAUAUGGCACUGCCGAUGUUAGAUUAUUUUGCGAAACCUUUGUCACUGUAAUUUUCAGGAUUUUCACACAGGUUUAAAAAUGUGAAUCACAAUUUAUUCCUCAUCAUCCCACGUUAUUUAUUUGCAGUUUUCUGAUGUAAUUACGUAAUUUCUGUCACAGCACAUUUUUUAUUUUGCUAUUUAUAAAUGUAAGUUUGAUGGGCAGUAAAAAUCAAAGUGUCUUAAACGUUUUAAAUGGAAAAUGUGCUUUAACAGUUGCCUAAAAAAAAAAAGUGCUGUAUGUCAAGCGACUCAUGCUACAAGCUUCACGAUUAAUGUUGUAUGCAAUUUUUCCUCUCAUGCAAAUAAGCUUAGGAGAACGACUAACCUAUAGACCACCUUAGAGAAAAAAAAAACAUAUGCAAUUUGUGUGGAAUUCGAUGUUUGCGAUGUGUCUUCCUUUGGUUAACAAUACAAUUCAAAGCUAUUCCUGUAUAAAAUAUUCUGUAUAAAAAGGAGCGUUUGUUUUUUAUGAGUUUAUCGCAAGGAGAACACCGGUUAUUUUGUUACGACUGACUGUUUUAUAAGUGUUUCUCGGUUUUUCCUCGAGCGAAACUGUUCUAACUAGGAGUGGUUAUUGAUUGUUAAUGACACAAUUAAACUGUUUGUAUUGCA